CAACUACCGGUAUUACUUCAAUUCCUACUCCGUACUUACGAUGGAAUCACUUGGGCAUACCAUAUGGAGAUAUCUCUCGACUAUGUCGUAGCACCCUCUACCAUGGUCAAACUCUAUCGGUCAUAAGCACCAAUGAAUGGGGCAUGUCGUGAAGUCGGCCAAGGCAACUAGUCUACAGUAGCUCCAUGCUACAUCUCCGCACACUUUCAGGCCCUCGGAUACAACUAUAGCUCUCGGCCUUGAUGGGACCUGAUAGAUAUGGCCCCCCAUCAGAUGGAGUCUUAUUGUUACUCGUAAUUCUAAACUUGAUCUUGCUUAAGAAGGUCUCUUCUCGCAAGUUUCGUCAGUUCUCUAAUUCAGUCCAGUCUGCUUCCUUCUAACUAUUCAGCAUCAUUCUUUAUAUAUACCUUAAGUCAUUAUCUAGUUGAGUCAAUCGAUCACCAUGCCUGGCCGGCUCCAAGGUAAAGUCGCCGUUAUCACGGGCAACAGCACCGGCAUCGGCCGUGCCACAUCCUUGACCUUCCAGCGCGAAGGCGCCACCAUCGUCUGCAGCGAUCUGAAAGAAGAGGCCCCAGAUGGCAGCUCCACGCGCGCCCUUAUCGAACAGGCCGGAGGCAAGGCGAUCUUUGUCCCAUGCAACGUGACCAAGCCCAGCGAGGUCGAAAACCUCAUGGACACUGCCAUCAAGGAAUACGGGAGGAUCGACAUUUUGGUCUGCAAUGCCGGCAUCCAUGGGUUCUCGAAGGAGCAUGGUCCGGGGCCUAUCUGGGAGAUCGAUCACUCCGCGUGGGAAGCGUCAAUGUCAGUGAACGUAUACGGCGUGGUUCACACCCUGAAGUACGCGAUCCGCCAUAUGAUCAAGCAAGAUCCCGCGGCGGAUGGGAAGCGGGGUCGGAUUAUCAAUUUGGCGAGCAUUUACGGGCUGGUGGCCAGCACCGGUGCAUCUCCUUAUAUCGCGGCGAAGCAUGCCGUCUCCGGCCUAACCAAGGCGACUGCUCUGGAACUUGCGCCUCAUAAAAUCCACUGCAAUGCCGUUUCCCCAGGAUUUACCGACACUGCGUUUAUUGCAGGGCAGAAAGACGAUAUUGCACUCUGGGAGUCAAUCAACUCCAAACACCCGCUGGGGGGCAUUGGCCAGGCACAGGACAUCGCGAAUAUGAUACUGUUUAUGGCGUCUGAAGAAAAUACCUGGAUGUCUGGCGCAGUUGUCCCUGUUGAUGGCGGAUAUACCGCGCAGUAGACGGUGUAUGCCACUACCGAAUGUCGAUGGCAAGCAUCGGCCUUUCUUCAACAUUCAGCUAUGGCAGCCUGCUAGAAUAUAGCGGAACAGUAGGGAAUGGGGCAAGGGCACUGCUCCACUCUAAACCUCCACUAGCCAAGAAAAUCAUAUUUCAACAUCAUAUAUUUCAACAUCAUACUGAAGGGCUUCGAAUAGGGGCUGGUUACUAAGCUGACAAUGUCCUUAAAUGGACCUGAUAGCGAUCUAUCUCAGCUACCUUUCUAAGGCUAGACAUUCCAAGCAAGCCGAGG